AAGCAUUAUGUUUAAAUGUAUAUCCAAUAACUAGUGCGUUUUGAUAACGCCGGCCCAUUGAGGAAUAUCCGUAUCCAAAGAUAUGAUUACAUAAUUACGCAUAGGGUGUUUCGCACCGUGGUAUCAUCAAAGCGAAACAAACACUGUAGUGCAUAUUUAGUGGACCUGCACACAAACAGAACGCAAUCAGGUCAGAGACGCCGGUGCGUGCAGCGGGAGCCACGUUGACCUACAUGUCUGAGAGGAAUAAACGCGAGCCAAAGGCACUGCCAUUUCCAAUGACAUUGCACCGAAUGUAGAAUCCCCCGGUCGUCGCGUUGGCCAUGGCUCACACACGGCCAUAUUUGAUUCCCAGCUGUUGGUAGCGGCCGCGCCGAGCGAAGACAGCCCCCCCCCUAAGAUGUAUUAAACUGUGCUGUCUGCAUUGUGAGAUAUAAUUCCGGAGACUAUACCACUAGGCUCUCUGUGCUUGACCACGUGAUUGUCUAAAUAAUUAAUGCAGCACGUCCCCCUAGAAGCGCCGCGGCGUCAUUAAUCCAGAGGACUCUAUCAGACUUGAAAACUGAAGCGAUCCCCAAGAAAAUAAUAUCCGACCGGUCCGGUACUCGGAGCGACUGUAUCCGUCACUUUAGCGCAACAUCCGAGGGGCAAUGGAUGCUCGGUCCAGAUGUGAGCAGUGAUGAAUGCGUGAGGAGUAGGAAGCACGUCUGCGCAAAUUACGGCCACACAAAAGAGCGACAGUGGGAAACACCCAUCACGUGAUCGCAGAUCCCCCCCAUGCCAUUGGCCAGAGGCGUCGGCCUGCUUUCGCCUUGAACCCACACCAUGCAGAAAGCAACGUACUACGAUAACUCUGGACUUUUUGGAGGCUAUUCCUACCCCAAACCAGACUCCUAUAACUAUGGCCCGGCGGCCCACCAGGCCUAUACCACGUCCAGCCUCGAGAAUGACUACCAGGCCUCGGUGUGUCCAAUUCAGACCACGGCGGUUCGCCCCCCCACCCUUAAGGACACGGACCUAAACGGAGACUGCAUGCGUCAGGCAAGCAGCAAUCAGAGCAACAGUCAACCGCCUAGUAUUGGGGAGCCGCCAGCCCCCCCGCUGUCCGCCACGUCCCCCGCCCCAAACUCCUCUUCGUCACAGAAGAAGAAGACCCCCACUAACGGUGCUACUAACACCUCCACCCCGGUGAUUACAAAGCAGAUCUUCCCGUGGAUGAAGGAGAGCCGACAGAACGCCAAGCAGAAAGGCAGCGGCUGUACGUCCGCAGGUGAGGUGAGUGACGAGAAGAGCCCGCCCGGGCCCGCCUCUAAACGGGUCAGGACUGCUUACACCAGCGCCCAGCUGGUGGAACUGGAGAAGGAGUUCCACUUUAACAGGUACCUGUGCCGCCCGCGGCGCGUCGAGAUGGCCAACCUCCUGAAUCUCACCGAGCGCCAAAUAAAGAUCUGGUUUCAAAACAGACGGAUGAAAUACAAGAAGGACCAGAAGGCCAAGGGGAUCAUGCACUCUCCCCUCGGACACUCCCCCGACAGGAGUCCGCCGAUGAACGGCCCCAGUCACCUCGGAUACUCCGGGCAGAUCCCGGGCGUCAACACCCUGAGCUAUGACGCGCCGUCGCCCCCGUCCUUCGCCAAACCCCAACAAAACAUGUACGGCCUGGCCGCGUACACGGCACCGCUAGGCGGCUGCCUGCCGCAGCAGAAGAGGUACCCGGGGUCCGAAUACGAACAUCACAGCAUGCAGAGCAACGGCUUUGCCAACGCUAAUUUACAAGGCAGCCCCGUGUACGUCGGUGGGAACUUUGUUGAUUCCAUGCCAGCCUCGGGCCCCAUGUUCAACCUCGGCCAUCUCCCCCACCCCUCCUCCGCCAGCGUGGACUACAGCUGUGCCGCCCAGAUCCCGGGCAACCACCACCAUGGACCCUGCGACCCCCACCCCACGUACACAGACCUCACCUCACACCAAGCGUCUCAGGGAAGGCUUCAGGAAGCGCCUAAACUUACGCAUUUGUAAUAUGUGGUUUCCGACGUGUGUGCCAAAAGUAUGUCGCGAUGUUUUAUUACCUCACUUAGUCUAAUAACACUCCGAGCGAGUCAUGUGUAUUAUUACAGUAUUAUUGAUAUUGAUAUUAAUGCUAUCGUGUGAUUAUUUCCCUAAAUUCAGCUCUGUCCAUUACCUUUUUUAUUUCAGUUUGGAGGAUUCGUAUGCAACACGUUAACUCGUUUAUUUUCCUUUGUUGUGCAAUGAGCAAAUUUGGAGACAAAAAAAAAUUAUGUUCCAUUACUUGAAGGUGAGUCCGUAUAACACGACAUUAGAUUGUCAUCUUUAGUAGAAAAAAUUACGGUUAGUAAAAAAAAAUGAAGAAAAAAUCCCAAUCUGUUGUCAUUAUCCCGUUUUGAUUCAAAGGUAUCGUAUUUAUUUAUUUUAUUCCCAUUGCGUCGCGUUAUCUCUUGUACUAGCAUAUCGCCUAUUUAUUGUUUAACGACUUUUGUAUUGCACAUUAUUUAUCCUUUAUAUGCGAAUAUUUAAAUGUGAUGUUUCUUUUGUAUGAUUGGAGGAUUAUUGCACUUGAAGCGUGCAGGUGAAACAGGGUUCGGCUUUUGCUCGCAGGGUAAGCCUAUUGUUGGGAAAUGUAAUUUCUAAUUGUAAACGUGGGAUUUAAAGGGAUGUCUGCCGGUGUGUGAGCAUCACUGGGCCCUUCGUGGUUCCAAUUUUGUGUCAAACUUCGAGGCUAAAGCGAAACGUAGACUAUCGAAUACUAGGCAUCCAUUUACAAACCAGCAUGUCAUUUUGCGUAGCUCAUUUCUACUUAUUUUUUUCUUGGUUUUACCAUUGUUAUUUAAUUCAGUUUGGAUAUCCAUACAUUUACGAAGGCCUAAUGAUAUCGAAAUGUUAUAUUUUAUUGUGUUUAACAUUUUGUAAAUAAAGUGCUCAAAUAUA